GGCAGCCCCUCUUUUGGUUCUCCUCCCUCCUCUGGCCUCUGCCUCCUUCCCUUUCAGGACCCCCUUCCCUUCCCUUCCCUUCCCUUCCCCCACAGCUCUAGUCUUCAGUGGCCAAACACCCUUGUGGCAAUCCUAAAAUUAAUGCACCCACCCGCCCCCCCCCCCCCCCCUGCCUGAGCUGCCUCUCUGAUCUGAUCUGCUCUGCUCUGCUCUGGUCCCUUCCCUUGCUGAGCUGAUCGAUCGCACGUAGGGGUGGCUGACUCCGGUGGUUGCGCGUCGAUGGGAGUUCAGACAAUGUCGUCCCACGGCAACGGCGGCGGCGGCGGGGCGCUCUCGUGGCAAGGGUCGGUCUGCAGCCUCACGCUGACCGAGGUGGAGAGCCAGCUCGGCGAGCCGCUGCGGAGCAUGAACCUGGACGACCUCCUGCGCACGGUGCUCCCGGCCGCCCCCGCCGCCGAGCCGAGCGCCGCGGCGAUGGCCAGCAAGAAGACGGUAGACGAGGUGUGGCGCGACAUCCAGAGCUCCAGCAGCGGCCGGCAGCCGACCAUGGGCGAGAUGACGCUGGAGGACUUCCUCUCCCGCGCUGGCGUUGCCUUCGACGGCGGUGCGGGCUGCGCCGGCCUGCAUUGGCUGCACCAGUACCAGCCGCAGCUGCAGUACGUGGGGGCGCGGCCGCACGCGGUGGGCGCUGCGCCGGUGCUAGACGCCGUGUACCGCGACGGGGUUGGGGGUUUCCUCUCGCAGAUGGCCGGCCGGAAGCGCGGCGCGCCGGCGGCAGCGGCGGCGGGGGCUGAGGAUGGCGUGGUGGAGAGGACGGUGGAGCGGCGGCAGAAGCGCAUGAUCAAGAACCGCGAGUCCGCGGCAAGGUCCCGGGCCAGGAAGCAGGCGUACACGAACGAGCUGGAGAACAAGAUCGCGCGGCUGGAGGAGGAGAACGAGCGUCUCAGGAAGCUCCAGAUGUUGGAACCACUAGAGCCGCCGCCGGAGCAUGAGCGCAGACCAGUGCCCCAGCCGGAGCCGAAGAAGCAGCUCCGGCGAACUAAUUCAGCCAGUUUCUGAUGACCUACCUGCCACAUGUUGGUAGUGGAACUCUUGUCUCUAGGGUUGGGCUUGUACUUGAAUGCUGUGAAGGAACCAAUGCAACUCUCUAUCUGCACUGCAUCUGCAUGCAUAUUAUUAUUGGUGAUUGUUGUUGCCGAGGCAGUGCAUCGUGCUGUGGUUUGGUGCUGCAACACAGCAACAGGAUAGGAGUACUUGCCUUCCAUGCUGUGGUGUGGUGUGGUCCCAGCUGCACACUGGAGCUUAAGCUCCUUCUUUCCCGGAGUAGAACAGAAUGUUCUGGUGGGCCAGGUUGAAACCUUCUAUCUAAAGGUUGGAAGGUCCUUAUUCUUGUCACAUUA